GGCUUUGUAUAUUGCAUGUAUUUUCCCAUGGAAUUUGCAAACUUGCCACGAAGUGUAUUUAGGCACUUCCCAGGUUCUUGGUGAUGUGGUAUUGCUCACAUUUACACCUCCCCUGUUUUUCAUGGCACUUGUGUUAUUCUAAGAGGUCCUACAGUUGAGAGCACAUGGGGAUUGGAAUGUUUUGACUCCCACAUCUUCUGUAGGAAGCAAAUUGUUUUAUUCCAGGGCGUUGCAUUGAGUAGGCACCAGUGAAAGAUCCAGGAAUGACGGAAGAAGAAAAGAGAGGCUGGUGCCAGGUGUCUGCAGCAAAUUGGUUGGGAUAAUCAGCUAGAGGGCACCAAUGAAUAUUUCUUCUUCAGGCUGUUAAAUUAGGCCAUGUGGACUGCCAGCAUAUAUAGAUACAUGAGAGAAAUGUGAGGGCUUUGCAAAACAGUUGUUCUAAAAAUAAUUUUGGUGUUAUUUUUGAUAAUGUUAUCACAGAUGAAGAAAAUGAGGUGGAUAUUUGUAGUCUGGGACAUUUCUUUCUCCUGCUUUACAGGGUAAACACUAUAAAUCCUUGAGUGUUUUUUUGGCUAGGUAAUGCUUUCCAAAAGUAUGUCAAUGAAGUAGGCAUUGGAAUCAUAGAAUACUUUCCGAUAUUUAGAUUUUAAAUAUGCACUAGAAAGUCAUUAACUUUUAGACUCCUAAGCACCAAAAUAGCUUCUGAAAAGGGGGAUUGGAGGUUAAACUCAGUUAAUUAAAAAAAAUCUAAGAUUUUAGUAUUACCAAAAAUGCAGAGUCAGUGUUUUGCCAUCAGCAGUUUUAGUUGUCUCACUUAUAGCCUACUAAGUCUGGUUGCUGGGAGGGCAUGCAAAGGCUCCUGAAACUGUUGAAGGAGGCAGUAUAGCGAGAUUACCUGCUCACUGGUUAAUUUAGGGGAUUUUGGUUUAAACUUCAUAUUAAUGCCAAAAAAAAAAAAAUGCAAUUGCACAGAAUCAUGGAGCAGUUUAGGCUAGAAGGUGUCUCUGUGGGCCAUCUUUCUAGCCCCUGCUCAAAGCAGGUAGGUAUAUGGUACAUAGUUUUGCAUGUCAUUGAUAACUUGCUUUUACAUAGUUUUGAUUUAUGUGAGAAACUAUUCAGGGUUUUUUUUUAGUAGUGAAGAGGCAAUUGCCAAGAGGGGUAAAAAUGAAGCCAGAAUUAUUUUGCAAAGAAGUUUAUCCAGACAGCGUUGAAGCAUCACCGAAAUAUCCCACACCAUUUCACAUAUAUUUAUAAUUUUUUUUAGAACAAACAUUUCUCUUGGGUGGCACCAAGGACUCAGUUUGAACAUUUGUGAAUCAAUUUUAAAUUGUUCCUUUCAUUGCUGGCUAAUAAUCAGAAGGAAUUGGUAAAUAGUAAAAGCAAAGGCUAUAUAUACAGCAUUUUAUAGCCAGUGGUUCUGUUUAGACUUAAUCCCUAUAAUGCAGUAUUAAAAUUUACAAAACAGCUUGUAAUUGCAGUAGCUUGUUUAAACUAGCUAUUUGUGGUUAUGUCUGCUGAGGAACUUAAACUUCAACGUUCCCUAGCCGUCUAAUAGCAGCAAAUUGACUGCGGGUCUCUUGUAAGAAUAUCUAAAUGUAGGCUGUUGAAUAAUCCCUUUGGGGGCCCUGUAACUAUUUUUGUGCCUGGAUAUGCGUCAUCAGUGGGUAUUUUCUCUGGUGACUAGCUUACAUCAGUAGGUCUCCUACCAUACACUCUAUCAGUGAGUGACUUAUGAUUGAUGGGAGUCACGGCUGCUGUUUAGCUUUUAUCUGUGACCUCAAAUAAUGGACAACAGGAAUUUCCAGGCUGUUAAAUUCCUUGAAUGACUGAAGGCACGGGAUGUUUCUGCUGAUAAAUGCAGGACUGUCUACUUAAGAAGCUGAGAGUGAGGUAGAAACUUUGAUGAAGCCUCUGUUCUGUGAGCCUCCUGCCGUUUUAAUCCCAAACCUUCAAGCUUCCUGUCCAUGGAAACCUGGAAUAGGUCCAGCCUUCUAGAAAUACGUACAACAUGCCUUGUAAAGAAGUUAGAUAAUGCUGGGUGGCCAAGUACCACAGCUCUAGAUGCUGCCAAUCCAAAGGCAGGUGGAGGAGAGAGUCAACAGCCAUAUUUGCUGGAGCAGUGAACCAGAUUGCCUUGACUGGAACCAUUACUCACUUGCACCUUUGACGGCAGCAGCCAGGAAAUUUGAAGACAGUCAUGCCUAUUAGAUGCUUAGAAGAUGCAGAUAGCUGUGUCAAAAUGGAGGAGAUGAAGCGAGCUUUGCUCUAGUAGAUCACAAAUAUUUCUGGGUCAUUCUGCAUCUCAGUAUUUAAUAACAAUGGAAAAUGUCCAAAUGCUAUAACAAGUCUUUGCAAAUACAUAAUAAAUGUUUAGGAAAGUUCCUGCCAUGAACAGAACUGUAUAAUACUCACAUUAGUGUACAGACACAAAUCUAAUGCCUAUAGACUACUGCGUGGAAAGUUCCAAAGAGAAAGAAAAGUCUGUGAAUUUGCAACAGCCCUGGAAAAAUGGCAGCAACAAAACUUUAAAAAGCACAGCUUUGGACACACUCCAUGUAUCUGCACAGCUUUCAAGUGAACUAGCACUUAAGACCUUGUGUAACAAAAUGGACUCUGGGGACACAGCUGUAGGGCAAAAAGCUACCUCAAGGUCUGGAGAAACUGCUAAAGUACCAAGUAGAUGGAGGCAAGAACAUUCAGCUGUUAUUAAGAUGAGCACUUUUGGCAAUCAAGAAGUACAGAGGCAACCACAAAUAGAUCACGAGCAAAUAGGAAACACAGCAUCAGCACAACUUUUUGGUUCUGGGAAAUUGGUAUCAUCAAAUGAAGCUGCACAGCAAGUCACAGAGAAGCAAUACCCACAGCAUCGUCCAAGUCCUUACUCAUGUCAACAUUCACUUUCUUUCCCACAGCAUUCAUUGCCACAAGGCUUCUUGCACAACAUAAAGCCACAUCAGAGCUUGGAAGGCCCUCCGUGGCAGUAUCCUAGCCACUUGCAAUCAGUUGCUUCAGAGGACUUGUUUCCUUUUCAUAUGCAUAGCCAUAGCGGAGGUUUCUCCAGGAAGAAGAUUUCAAGUUUGAACCCUGCAUACAGCCAAUAUUCACAGAAAUCUUUAGAACAAUCAGAAGAUGCUCACAAAAAGGAACACAAACCCAAAAAGCCUGGCAAGUACAUUUGUCCUUACUGUAAUCGGGCUUGUGCCAAACCUAGUGUACUUAAAAAGCAUAUUAGGUCUCAUACUGGGGAGCGACCGUACCCUUGUGUUCCUUGUGGUUUCUCCUUCAAGACGAAGAGCAACCUUUACAAGCACAGGAAGUCACAUGCCCAUGCAAUCAAGGCAGGAUUGGUACCUUUCACAGAGUCAGCAGUCUCUAAAUUGGACCUAGAUGCCAGUUACAUUGAUGUGGAGGCUGAAAUACAUUCAGAUGGCGAGCAGAGCACGGACACUGAUGAAGAGACCCCACUCCUAAUGGAAGGGUCUGACAAACUGAGCCCUGUCCCACAGCUCCCCCUGGACAUCGGUAGCAGGAGCAGUUUUCACUCCUCCAUGGAAGAGUCCUUGGUGGGGCCAAUGAAAGUGCCCAUUUUGAUUAUCCCUAAAAGUGGAAUUCAGUUACCCAGUGAGAGUUCACCAUAUAUUGGCUCUGAUAUGUUGCAAAACCCAUCCUUAAGUACCAAGUCUGAUGACUCUCAUACAGUUAAACAGCGACUUGCACUAAGACUGUCAGAGAAAAAAGGGCAAGAUUCUGAGCAGUCGUUAAACCUCCUGAGCCCACACAGCAAAGGAAGCACUGACUCUGGUUAUUUUUCCCGCUCAGAAAGUGCUGAGCAGCAAAUUAGCCCACCAAAUACUAAUGCAAAGUCUUAUGAAGAGAUCAUCUUUGGGAAGUUCUAUAGGAUUAAUCAAAGGACAGCACUAACAGUAGCCACAACAAAUCAGGAACACAGUUUAAUGGGUAGAAAGGGCAAAGCAGAGCCAUUACCUCUUUUAAAUAACAGAUUAGAUAUCAAGAUGCUGGAGGAACAUAUUACUCAGCUGACUCCAAAUAAAGAAGAACUCAUUGACUCCAGUAAUUUGAGCACUAUUAAAUCUACACAAGUUUAUCCAGGCGGCAGUAUAGAAUCUAGGCAGUCCCAGACCACCACAUCAUCCAUCAAAAAUGAAUCCAGUUUGUACCAAGUCAGUCUCCAGGGUGACAUGCCUGUCCUUCUAGAGCCUCCAGUAGAUUCCUCUCCUCUUAUUAGAAGUAACUCCAUGCCAACCUCUUCUGCAAACAACCUAAGUAUUCCCCCAUCUCUGAGAGGAAGCCAUUCAUUUGAUGAGAAGAUGACUGGCUCAGAUGAUGUAUUUUAUCCUGGGACAGUGGGAAUAUCCCACCAAAGGAUGUUGAGAAGGCAGGCUGCCUUUGAAUUGCCCUCUGUGCAGGAGGGACACUCAGAUUCAGACUAUCAUGGAAGAACAGGGAAAAAUAUCAUUAUUGCUUCCAGUAGACAAACAAUAGGUGACAAAGGACCAUUCUUAAAAGAGAAAACCUUUUAUGACUAUGAUGCCAGUGGAAAGCACUACAGAAAGUGGGAAGAAUUUGAAGCUCAGAAGCAGAGCUACAGGGACUCUCCAUCCUUAGGAGGGAUGAGCAAGGUGGGAGAGUACUUUGUUGAUCCAUUCGGACAAUCCCAGGCAGUGCCAUCCAUGCUUGGAACAACUUUUGAAAACAGAAAGCGCAGGAAAGAAGAGAGUGUUGGAGAUGAGGAAGACAGCCCCAUGCUUUGCAGCAGUACUACUGGAACCACUGGGGGAAUUCAGCCUUUGGACUUAGAUCCCAAAUCCCAAAUUCAGGAUGUGCCAAGGAGUGGGUUUGCCCUUCAAGGUCUGGACAAUGCUGCCCAUUGCCAUGCUGAGCGUUUUGAAAUCUGCAGGCCUUACUUGCAGUCUGGAAGCCCGGCUGCUUCUCUGGAAGACUCACCCUUAACUGCAGAACAAGAAAAGACUGCAGAAUCACUGGCCAGAAAGCCCCCUGGAAAUGUCAUUUCUGUCAUUCAGCACACAAAUUCAUUGAGCAGGCCAAACUCAUUUGAAAGGUCUGAAUCUACAGAAAUUAUUGCAUGCCAGCAGGAAAAGAUCUAUUCACCACCUGAAACAUGUGAAAGUGAGAUUUGUGAGUCCCCAAUGAGCCCAGACCGAGCUCCACAAACAGAAACUGCUGAAACCAGUAAGCCAUCUCCAUCCCAGCAGCCUCAGCCAUAUCAUAUGCAACCUAGGCUGGUUCGCCAGCACAACAUCCAGGUACCUGAAAUUCGUGUCACAGAAGAGCCAGAUAAGCCUGAGAAAGAUAAAGAAGUGCAGAGUAAAGAGCAAGAGAGACCCACUGAAGAAUUCCAGUGGCCUCAGAGAAGUGAAACCCUUUCUCAACUUCCAGCCGAAAAGCUACCACCCAAAAAGAAGCGUUUACGACUGGCUGACAUGGAGCACUCCUCUGGAGAAUCCAGCUUUGAGUCCACAGGUACAAGCCUCUCUCGCAGCCCUAGCCAAGAAAGUAAUUUGUCCCACAGUUCAAGUUUCUCAAUGUCCUUUGAAAGAGAAGAGAACAUGAAGCUCAUCACACCUUCCAAACAAGAUGAGUUUGGAAAACAGUCUGAGUUUUUAACAGUUCCAGCCGGUGCUUACUCACUUUCCGUCCCUGGGCAUCACCAUCAGAGGGAAAUGAGACGCUGCUCAUCUGAACAGAUGCCCUGUCCUCAUGCUGCUGAAAUCCCAGAGAUCCGAAGUAAAUCAUUUGAUUAUGGGAACCUGUCCCAUGCCUCUUCAGCUGGGACACCCACUACGGCACUGUCUCCAUCCCGAGAAAGGAAGAAAUGCUUCUUGGUUCGCCAGGCUUCCUUCAGUGGUUUUCCAGAGAUCUCCCAGACUGAUCAGAGUACAGAACAAAGUAUAAAGCAGGAGCAGAUGGAACAUGCACAGGCUGGUCUUCGCUCCUCCCAGCUUGCCUGGCAUCACUCUCCUUCCUCUGUACUUCAGCCCAUUCAGGUAGAUGACUCUGGAAAACAGGCUAUUGGCUCCUGUGCUCAACUUAGUAAUAGCUCAUCACACCUCACCCAGCAACAGGCUCUUCUUGCAGACAGCUCAGAAAUGUUAAGGACUUCCUUGAUCCAACAAGCACCUUAUAUUCCUAGCAAACAUCCAUCAGAGCAGCAGCAGCUAUUUGCACAUCAGGAAAAAGUCCCAUUUGACCCUAUUCAUAGCACCUUGUUUCAGUUCUCCUAUCCAGCUGUCUGCAUGGUUCACUUACCACCAUCUCAGCAGCCUGUCUUGUGGCAGUCAUGCACAGAACCUCUACACUUCCAGCAUCAUUUUGUACAACAGCUGCAGAAAUCUUAUGUCAAACAGCCUUUCCAAACAGAUGCUCCUCCAAGUUAUCACCUGGAACAUGCACCAGAGUAUAUUAGCAAGAAAUCAGCUGAUUAUAUGCAUGCUAAAGAGCAAGCAUACCAGCAUUACUCAGGAACAUCUGGGCAGUAUUCAAAAAAUACUCUUGCUAAGUACCAGUCAGACCACAGCAUUAAACCAACAGAUACCUCCUCUGAGCAGCAUCUUCAGACAGAUUUUGACUCCCCAAGUGAUGGAUCUGUACAGUCUUUGCCAGGAACAGUUGUUCCUGUCAGAAUUCAAACCCAUGUGCCAUCUUAUGGUAGUGUCAUGUACACAAGCAUUUCCCAGAUCCUUGGACAAAGUAACAGUCCUGCAAUUGUAAUUUGUAAAGUUGAUGAGACUGUUUCUCAAAGAACAUUGGCAACUAAUGCAACCAUGCAAGGAAUUGGAUUUAACAUAGCUCAGAUGUUGGGUCAGCAUGGAGGGCUAGAAAAGUAUCCUUUGUGGAAAGUGCCACAGACGUUACCACUAGGACUGGAGCCGCGAAUUCCCCUGUGUUUGCCUUCCAGUUCAGACAUGGCUUCUACCUUGGGAGGAGGCAAACGAAUGCUUUCACCUGCCAGCAGCUUGGAGCUCUUCAUGGAAACCAAGCAGCAGAAACGAGUCAAAGAAGAAAAAAUGUAUGGGCAGAUAGUUGAGGAACUAAGCGCAGUUGAGUUAACUAACUCAGAUAUAAAGAAAGAUUUCCCAAGAGUGCAGAAGCCUCAGCUAGUACGGCAGAGCUGUGCUACCGAGCCAAAAGAAAGUCUGCCAUCCAUGUCAUCCUCAUCACCACUGUCGUCCUCAUCAUCCCAAGAUUUCCCACCUGUGAGCAUGCCAGCACCUGAUGCUUUCCCACCGAGCAGGGAGAAACUUUCCAGUUUUGAUUCCACGUCACCAGGGCAGAAGUCCAGUGGCCCUUCGGAAGGAAGAGACUCGCCAGAAGAACUGGAUGUGGAUGAAACAGCUUCAGAUAUGAGCAUGAGUCCACAGAGGUCUUCAUUACCACCAGGAGAAAUUCAGCCAGAAGACCAGCUGAAACAUCAAAAAUUGCCUCUUGGGAUGUUAGUCCAGGUGUCAUCCAAUGGCAGUGGGAAAGUCACAGGCUCAACCAUUCUCCUGACAGACGCAGCAGAUUUUCAGCAGAUCCUUCAGUUCCCAAGUCUGCGCACUACUACUACUGUGAGCUGGUGUUUCUUAAACUAUACAAAGCCCAAUUACAUACAGCAACCAACCCUCAAAUCUUCAGUUUAUGCUUCAUGGUGUAUAAGUUCAUGUAACCCAAACCCAUCUGGGCUAAGUACAAAGACUACUUUAGCGCUUUUAAGGUCCAAGCAAAAAAACACCACGGAAAUCUACACUCUGGCUGCUAUGCAUAGACCUGGAGCUGGUAAACUGACAUCAUCAAGUGCAUGGAAGCAGUUUGCUCAGAUGAAACACGAGCCAUUCUUCUUGUUUGGCAGCAAGCUUGAAAAGAAAGUAGUGGGGAAUAUUAUAAAAGAAAGAGUAAAAGGAGACAUUCAUGGAGAUAAAGACAUUACAUCCAAACAAACUGAGCCGAUACGAAUUAAAAUCUUUGAAGGAGGGUAUAAAUCAAAUGAGGAUUAUGUCUAUGUCAGAGGUCGUGGCCGAGGAAAGUACAUUUGUGAAGAAUGUGGAAUUCGUUGCAAAAAGCCAAGCAUGCUCAAGAAACAUAUCCGCACUCAUACUGAUGUCCGGCCUUAUGUAUGCAAGUUGUGCAAUUUUGCUUUCAAAACUAAAGGAAAUCUGACAAAACAUAUGAAGUCUAAAGCACAUAUGAAAAAAUGCCUGGAGCUCGGAGUAUCAAUGACAUCUGUAGAUGAUGCUGAAACUGAAGAAGCAGAAAACAUGGAGGACAUGCAGCAGGAGGCAGAAAAGAGUAGCAACCUAGCAGGCCUGUCAGCAGAACACCAGUUUUCUGACGCAGAGGAGUCAGACGGCGAGGAUGGUGACGACAAUGAUGAUGAUGAUGAAGAUGAGGAUGAUUUUGAUGAUACUCAGGGAGACUCGACACCAAAAACCAGAUCAAGAAGCACCAGCCCACAGCCCCCUCGGUUCUCCUCCCUGUCAGUGAACUCAGCUGGGGCAUCACAGGGGGCUUCCCCUGAGGGCUCCCUUCCUGUGGGACACUCCUCCCUCAUCAGUUACUUGGUCACCUUACCUAGCAUUCAGGUUACUCAGCUUAUAACACCAAGCGACUCCUGUGAAGACUCACAGAUGACAGAGUAUCAGAGGUUUUUCCAGAGUAAGAGUACCGAUUCAGAGCCCGAUAAAGACAGAUUGGACAUACCCAGCUGCAUGGAUGAGGAUUAUGUGGUUUCAUUAGACCCUAGUUCAUCUCCGAGGGACCUCUCACCUUCCAGUCAACAGUCAUCACCCGGCUACGAUUCUUCACCCUAUAGAGAUAACUCACCAAAGAGGUAUUUAAUGCCAAAAGGGGAUUUGUCACCCAGAAGGCAUCUGUCACCCCGAAGAGAUAUUUCACCCAUGAGGCACCUUUCCCCACGGAAGGAGGCUGUGCUGAGGAGAGAGUUAUCACCAAGACGGGACAUGUCACCAAGACGUCACUUGUCACCAAGGAGACCAAUGUCACCCGGGAAAGAUGCAUCUGUUCGAAGAGAUUUAUCUCCUAGGCGAGAGAGGAGAUACAUGGCCUCUGUUAGAGCAGCAUCUCCACGGAGGGGCUUAUACCAUAAUCCAGCAUUGUCCAUGGGUCAAUAUUUACAGUCCGAAUCUUUUCCAGUGGGGCAUUCAAGAAGGGGGUUGUCUCAGGGGCCUUACUUCAAUGUAUAUGGAGAAAAAGGAGGCAUGGAGCACCGCAGGUCUAGCCAGUUCUCUGAAGAUCCGAGUGACUACGUCUUCAGUCAUCUUCCACUACACUCCCAGCAACAGAUCCGAGCACCCAUCCCCAUGAUGCCUAUCGGUGGUAUCCAGAUGGUCCAUUCAGUACCAGUGGCCCUUUCAAGUUUACAUUCUCCGUCCACUCUGGCCCUGCAGAGGGAGUGCUCUGAGGAUAAGCAAAGAGGAACCGCAGAAAUCCUUACAAAAGAAUCGUAUAGUAUUUCUAAGCACCACGAGAAACGUACCUCUCCGCACAGCUUGCACCUCACCGCUCCCUCCAGUGCGCCCUCCUCUUCGCUGCAGUUGCUGGCGCAAAGCACGUCAGAGGACAGUGUUGUAGCUACCGAGAGGGAGCAGGAGGAGAACAUACAGACUUGUACAAAAGCCAUAGCCUCUCUGCGAAUCGCCACAGAAGAAGCCGUUCUGCAUGGGGCAGAGCAGCCUCACCAGAAACCCUUAGAAAGUGCACAUUUUAGCAUUAAACACUUUAGUGGAUCUGAGCCGGGCCAGCCCUGUGCCUCAGCCACCCAUCCUGACUUGCACGGUGGUGAACAGGACAGUUUUGGUACAUCACAGACUGCAUUAGCACAUCCCACCUUUUACAGCAAGAGCUUUGUGGACGUCCGGCAGCUGGGCUUUCACAGCAGGAGCGACACCCCAUCAAGCACACAGGAAAGAAAAGAGCUGUCAUCUGAGAAGAGCAAGCCACAUUGAUCUGAGAUGCAUGGUGACUUUCACCCGUACAUUUACCCCACUUCCUUCUUUUUUUUUUUUUUUCUAGAGAUAGAAGUAUUCAACUUUACAGCAUGCCUGUUCUAAGUUACAGUAGUUUGCUAUUAUAUAUACUUUUGUUAUAUCAAAAGAAUUAGAUAAAAUAACAAGUCAUCAUGAGCCUGACCAAAACUAAAUUUGAAAUUCUUAUUGGGUCUGGUACUUUUAAAUUGUACAGAUGUUUGUGCCUUUUCUUUACUUUGCUUAUAUUCUUAUAAGCAUUUUUUUAGCAGUAAUUUGUACAUAUUUUAGAAUUUGUGUAUCUGCUUUGUAAUAAAUGUAAUUUCUUUCCUUUUUUGGACACUUGGAUCUAAAUGAUGUAAAGCAAAACAGCAUCAAUAUAUGUGAGGUUGCACUAAAACAUAUUUUUAUAUGAUUAAAACUGAACAGCUUUUAUGUACAGCUCUGAUUCUGUAAUACUAAUAUUUAUUUACUUUGUUUCAUAAAUUGUAAAUUUUUUUCUUAAUGUUGUGAAUUGCUUUUCUAUGUGAAGCAUGGGAUUUACUGUUGCGUAAUUAGAACAAAAUGUAUAUUGUAAAACAAGAUAUUUAAACUAGAGUAUCUUAUCUUAUUCUGCACUUAUGCAUUAGUUAAAAAAAAAAAAAAGAUAAAGGAUGUAUCAGUCAGUUCUUAACUCUUGUAAUUUUUUUUUGUCUCGUUUGCCGGAUUGACUAUAACUUAAGUGCUGAUUGUGAUUUUAAACUGAUAGUACCGUAAAGCAUUAAAGUAAAACAAUGUGCUAUUGUGAGUUUUUUCAAAGCUUUAUAAAACAGUUAUAUAUAUAUUAAAAGUAUUUGGUCUUAUGUGAACAUGUUGAUCUAUAUAUUCCUUUAAAAAGCUAUGGGAAAACAUUCCACCCCAUGUAAAUACGUGCAUCACUGGUGCUGUCUGUCUAACUCACCAGGACAGGCAAGGUUUGCUGUGCUGCCAGGCACGGGGCCAGGGCACUGCUGACUGCCAGGAAGAAGAGUCCAGCAGCAGGGUGGCGAGGUCCGUAUGGCCGCAUGGGGCUGGGUGAGGAGCCGGCCCGCUGGCUGGACAAGCGGCAUCCCGCCGAGCCCCAGCAGUCCCCUGCUCGCCAGGGCUGACUGUGGGGAGUAGCUGUCAUUCAGAGCUGCCCUGAAGUGUCAGAGAGGGGUUGGAGUGGGGAGAAAAGGCGUUUGCUUGCACUUGAACACCACAGCUGGUCACUCCCUACAGCGGUGCCUGAGUCAGCUUCAAGGGAAGCUCCCAUCCUAUCCCACUGAUGGAGGACCAUGGCCCUGCUGGUGAGGCAGAGAGCUCCACCACCCUGUCUCUUGGAGGAGUGGGAUUCACAGGCAAGAAAGUCGCAGUCUUCCAGAGCAGGGUGUCCAUCUGGAUUGGGCUUGCUCCAGGGGAAAGUCAGGUGGAGCCCAGGCUUGUGUUUGAACACAUGUGGUGGGUUACCACUACCACCAGCAGCAUGCGUGCGUGCACACAUGCACGCACUCAGACACACACACACACGGAGAUGAAAGAAACCCAACGACCUGGAUUAUAUUUUGUGCUAUUUAGUGGAUUAUAAAUCUGUGAAACCAAGUUUGUAUAUUGACUUACAAUACAUUUAAGGAGUGUUCUUUAAAAAGAAAUAAAUAUACAGUUACAUGCA